AUGCACUACCUUGCCCUCGGUAUACUGGCUCCGGGGGCAUCUUCUGUUACAGUUCAGUGUGAAGAUACUGGGUUCAACCCUAAGUACUGCGAAAACAAAACCUUAUUCCAGGGCUGGGCCAUCAGGUCCCAGAAGGAAGAGCAGGAGGAGGAGGAAGAGGGGGAGGAGGGAGAGGAGCCUCAGCACACAUCUGUGAUUGCAGGAAACUCUGGCCAGCUUCUUGGUGGCUUCCAAAGCACGAAGAACCAACUGUUUCUGCCUGUUUGCAGCCCAGUUUCUGACAUUACCUUGGCAACGGCUGUCAAUAGGAGCCUCGAGGGACCUGGUGACCGUGUGAAGGGGCUGAUCCAGGUGAAGUCUGCAACACAGGCUCCAGAUCCAGAGGAGCCUGGAGUGUGGACAGAGACGGCUGCCAUCGCUCAGCCAGAGCAGCCUCAGGAAGCCCAAGGGAGCUGUGAACAGGGAGCUCGCAGUAAGCAAAACUUCUGGUGGCGGGGGCCACAAAGCCUGUGGAGGGAGCACGUCUUGUCCCAUGCGUCCAAGCCCCUCCUCAGGGCUGCUGGAGAGGACACUGCCUGGAAAAAGCCAACAGCCACAUCCCUAGCCUGUCCCCUGCCUGGAACCUCUGGCCAGCCCUGGCCUCAGGGCCCCCUACCCUGUGUGCGGAGGAACAGAGGCUGUGCCUGGCAGACUGCCUCCAGGGUGGCUGGGGCACCCGCUCUUCUCAAGGCAAGGCAGGCAUGAUCUGGUCUUUGCUCUGUGUCCCACAUUCAGUCCCACUGAUCAGUGCAUUAAUAGUGGAUAGAAAGAAUAAAAUGUCACCAGUUCUAAAA